ACAAAACGCGCAGAAAACGCAUGUAGAGACAAACGCCCACCACACCGCGGCACCGACGCGCGAGAGCGCUACGAGCCAUACGCGGGAGCGCCGACAGCCCCGCUGGAAUGGCGACCGUGGCGGAAGGGGAGGGUACGUCCCUGUGACGUCACGCAACAGCACGGCACCGAGCUGCGCUCCGGUCUGCGGGGAGUGCGUGCGCUGCGCGGGCGUCGUGGAGCUUUGCUGAGUGCCCGGCCGUAGGUGACGGAGGGAGAGCGGUGCCAGCUCGGCGGUGUCGCAUCAUGAAGUUCCAGUACAAGGAAGACCACCCGUUCGAGUACAGGAAAAAAGAAGGGGAGAAAAUCAGGAAGAAAUACCCCGACAGAGUCCCUGUAAUUGUGGAAAAAGCACCAAAAGCCAGAGUACCUGAUCUAGACAAAAGGAAGUAUCUUGUGCCUUCUGACCUCACAGUUGGGCAAUUCUACUUCUUAAUCCGAAAGCGGAUCCACCUGAGGCCAGAGGAUGCGCUAUUCUUCUUUGUCAAUAAUACCAUCCCUCCCACAAGUGCUACCAUGGGUCAGCUGUAUGAGGAUAACCAUGAGGAGGACUAUUUUCUCUAUGUGGCCUACAGUGAUGAGAGUGUCUAUGGCAAGUGAGCAGCAGUCCCCCAGGCAUGCAGGCGAGAUGGACUGAUGGAACUGAUGGGGGGGCAGGGGGAGGGUGUUCAAGAGGAGGAAGAAGAAUGCUUGAGAAGAGGGGAAGAGAACUGGAAGUUAACCACAUGCACAAUGCCAUCACCUUCCAUGUGUUAAUUAUAACCAUUAUUUUUAAAUAGAGGGGAGGGAGGGUGGGGGUAACCAUAAAUGAAGCGGUGUGAACUGGUAGGCUGACAAGGGGUUCUGUGUUGAGGAAUGGGAGAAUCCACUGUUUGUACUUCUUCCCUUAUGCAGUUGGAAGUUGCUAGCUGGUACUGGAGGCUGCUAGACAAGCCAGUGUAGUGGAGCUCCUGGAGAGUGAAUGGAUAGGAGGGAAAUGGUUGUUCAUGUGUAACCUUUCCAUUGGAUGUGGAAGGCAUGCCUGGAACCUGUACACUGAUCUCGUCACACCUUACCCAUGGCACGGGCUGCAUAUCUAUGAACAUUCAGUAAGCUGUGAAAUACUUCACCCUGACCAUAACAAGGCUGUCCUGUGCUGAUAGUCCUCACUCUAGCUGCUAUAUGUGAAGCGUUCCAAGACUACUGUAUUUCCUGUUGCUUCCAUUAUUUUAGAACACAUUCUACUCCCAGCCCCCCAACUCUGAGGGCUGGGAACUUCUCAGCUGUGAGAUACAGAGCUUGAGAGGAUGGGGAAAGAAGGAAGGAAUAUUCUUUUCCUUUGUUGUUUUAAUUGCAAGGGCUGGACAGAACAAUUUGAGAUGACUCUUGUUCUUUUCAGUGAAGCUAACUGCUGAACUCGUUGAACAUAGGGCUAGCAAGGACCUCAGGAGAACAACUAGCCCACUUCAGCACUGAGACAGGAUUGAGCGUACCAAACAUGUCCAUAGCUAUUCAUCCAACUUGUUCUUAGAGACAUUCAUGUAGGUGGAUCCUGGAGACUGCUUAGAUAGCCUGUUCCAGUUUCUAGCUAGCCUACAAAUGAGAGAGCUUUUCUUGCUAUUGAAGUUUAGUCUCCCUAGCAGUGCAUUAAUACAAUUAACUAGUGAUGGUCUUGUUACUGGUGAACGCAGAAAAUUAUCCACCAGUGUUGUCCUUGCACCAAUCUUGGGCAGAUUUGAAGUUGGCAGAAAUCUUUCGGGUUUAGCCCUCCCUUCCAUGUCUCAUCCCUGUACAGAUCUUGCACCAUCUGCAUAAGCAGAAGAGAUCAGUCCCUGCCACGGGUCUUUUGCUUUUUGUGACUGGACAGCAGUGCCACUCUUUGACACAAGAUAGGUGCUUGAAGACAUGAAGGGGAAGGGGAAAAGAUUCUCUGUCAGUUUUUGUUUUGUUUUGAUUUUGUUGUUGUUUUUUUUUUUUUUACUUUAUU